CGUUUUGCGGCACCGCCGGUAAGGCCGGCGGCGUGGGCCUUCCGUCCACGCGAGCUCGCCCUGCGGGGAGCUGCUUAUUCGGCGAGGCUGCGGGUUAGCAAUUUUGGGGACUCAGCGACAGCCCUCGGAGGGUGACUGAGCGCUUUUGAUUUGGUGUAACGGGAGAGGCGGCUCGUCCCAGUCCGCGGUUGUAAGGGGCGGGACGCCAGGCGCUCGGACCUCGCUCGUGACUUGCGGUCCCUCGUGCACACGUGCUCUUGGUUUCCACGAUCGUCUCUAGAUUCGGGGAGCCCUCGGUGUAGCUGACACGUGUUUUUCUUGCUGCCUCGGUCUUGCAGUCCCCGCCCUCCUGGACUUUGAAAUGCUUUACCUGAUCGGCUUGGGCUUGGGCGAUGCCAAGGACAUCACAGUCAAGGGCCUGGAAAUCGUAAGACGCUGCAGGCGAGUGUACCUGGAAGCCUACACCUCGAUCCUGACUGUAGGGAAGGAAGUCCUGGAAGAGUUUUAUGGAAGAAAAUUGAUUCUUGCUGAUAGAGAAGAAGUGGAACAAGAAGCAGAUAAUAUUUUAAAGGAUGCCGAUAUCAGUGAUGUUGCAUUCCUUGUGGUUGGUGAUCCAUUUGGGGCUACCACACACAGUGAUCUUAUUUUGAGAGCAACAAAACUGGGAAUUUCUUACCGAGUUAUUCACAAUGCUUCCAUAAUGAAUGCAGUAGGCUGCUGUGGUUUACAGUUGUAUAAGUUUGGAGAGACGAUUUCUAUUGUUUUUUGGACAGACACUUGGAGACCAGAAAGCUUCUUUGACAAAGUGAAGAAGAAUAGACAAAACGGCAUGCAUACAUUAUGCUUACUAGACAUCAAAAUAAAGGAGCAGUCUUUGGAGAAUCUAAUCAAAGGAAGGAAGAUCUAUGAACCUCCUCGGUAUAUGAGUAUAAACCAAGCAGCCCAGCAACUUCUGGAGAUUGUUCAGAAUCAGCGAAUGCGAGGAGAAGAACCAGCAGUCACCGAGAAGACACUCUGUGUUGGCUUAGCCAGGGUUGGAGCUGAAGACCAGAAAAUUGCAGCAGGCACUUUGCAGCAAAUGAGUACUGUGGACUUGGGAGGACCGUUACACUCCUUAAUUAUCACAGGAGACAAUUUGCAUCCACUGGAGAUGGAGAUGCUAAGUCUGUUUUCCAUACCAGAUAAUAGUUCAGAAUCCUGUUGAUGAACUUCAUGAGCAUUUUCUAUUGUUAGAUGUUCAUUUGUUUCAGUCAUAUAUGCACAUACACAUAUUUGCAUAAUGUAUAGUUCUUUUGGUUUACCUAAUAAUUAUAAAGCAAAUGACCAAGAAGAAAGAUGUUGAUUUAACAGUACUUGGUUUCCUGUGGUAAUGAGUUUUUUUUCCUAUGUCAUUAUCAGUUGUUGCAACUAUUUUGGUGAUUUUUCAGGAUGCACACACAUGGAGCAGACCAAGUCUAAAACUUGCAAGGGCAUUCAUAAACAGAGUCGUUUAAAAGCAGUUUUUACUUAUGAAAUAAGUUUAUACAAUGUGGAACUUUGUUCUUUCUUAAAAAGUCAGCUCUCCAGGAUCCCUGGGUAGCACAGUGGUUUAGCACCUGCCUUUGGCCCAGGGCGCGGUCCUGGAGAUGGGGGAUCGAAUCUCACGUCGGGCUCCCGGUGCAUGGAGCCUGCUUCUCCCUCUGCCUAUGUCUCUGCCUCUCUCUCUCUCUCUUUGUGACUAUCAUAAAAAAAAAAAAAAAAAAAAAAAUUUAACUUCUAAAACAAAAAAAGUCAGCUCUCCUGGCCACAAGAUGGGUUGUCUUGACAGCAGAUGGUAUUAGUGCAUAUUGCAUAUAAGCAGAGUUGGGAAGAAUAAGUCCUACUUGCUUAAAGCUCAGCUGAGCACAUGCCACAAAAUGACAUCCUUUUGAAUUGCCUUGUCUUGUUUAAGUGACAUCCUAAUUAUGUGGUUCAUAUUCUGCUGUAUUUUGGAGGUUAUAUAAUUGUUGAAUUAUGAAUGUUCAGCCAGCCAUGUACAGUUGCUGUUUGGUUUUAAAUAGCAUCUUUCACAUUCAAGUUGACAAAUGGAAAACUUACCGACUACAAAAUACAGUUUUAAAAAAUUUAAGUUUGGAGGCAGUGGGUUAGUCAAGAUUUUUCAUAUCACAUAACUCAGUCGGUAUGUCACUGUAUGUAUGCAAAUAGUCAAAUUCAUUUUCCCAGUUGUAUAUAGCACUCUGUUUAUUAUUUUUCGUGACAGUAGAGUCUUAUAUUUUUUGUUAGUUCAUAACAGAAAUGGCUUUGCUAUAUGCGAGUUUAUUGGUCUAACUCUAAAUAUCUUCGUGGCUUAAUCAACCAUAGCUUAAAUUUCAUUAAAUUCAUUGAAAAUUGAACAUACACUUUCCUACUUCCUGGAAGCAUUAAUUAACAAGACAUUAUUUUGGGACACCUGGGUGGCUCAGCAGUUGAGUGUCUGCCUUAGGCUCAGGGUGUGAUCCUGGAGUCCUGGGAUCGAGUCCCGCAUCAGGCUCCCUGCAGGAAGCCUGCUUCUCCCUCUGCCUAUGUCUCUGUGUGUCUCAUGAAUAAAUAAAUAAAAUAUUUAAAAAAAAUUA